AUGGAAAAGUGGUGGUUCAAUUCAAUGAUGUUUAAUAGGGGUUUAGAAUACAGGUGUGGUUUAAGUAAAUCAAUAGACAGUUUUGGUCCUAUUGAAAAUAACAGUGUAAAUGAAGACCCAUCUAUUUUAACUGAUAUGGAUAAUAUUAUUUUAAUUGAUAUGGAUAAUACUAUUCAUGUAGAUGUCAGGGUUGUAAAAACAAUAGUGAGAAUUCUAGUUAUAGACAUGAACAUACCGAAUUUACUAUCUGAUAAAACUUUUUUAGUUAGCGAUAGUAAUAGUUAUUUCAUAUAUGAUUGGAAUAAUAUCAUUAAUAGUUGUAUUGAAGGUUAUAUGCUUUCUGAAAUCGGUAUUGAUAGUUCCAUUAUACAUAAUAUCAUUGAGAAUAACAAUGAGAAUAAUCCGCAGGAGGAGGAUAAAAAUGAAAAAUUACACAAGUCCAGUUAUAGAUUUGAUUACAGAUUUGAUUACAGAUUUGAUGUUAGAUUUGAAGUCAGAUUUGAAACUGAUAGUGAUAAAGAAAAGGAUAGUGGCAAUGAUGAUGAUAAGCUCCAAAAGGCUAGUGACAUUUUAGAACCUGUAAAUUACAGUGCUGAAAAUUACAGUGAUAGCGACAAUGAUAGCGACGAUAAUGAUCCUGAUGAUGAUUAUGAUACGCUCCAAAAGGGUACUGACACUUUAGAACCGGAAAAUGACAAUGAUACUGAUGAUUAUGAUAAGAUCCAAAGGGCUCAUUACAUUUUAGAACCGGAAAAUGACAGUGAUACUGAGCCUGAUGAUGAGCCUGAUUAUGAGCCUGAUGAUGAGCCUGAUGAUGAGCCUGAUGAUGAUGAUAAGCUCCAAAAGGCUAGUGACAUUUUAGAACCGGAAAAUCCUAGUGAUAGUGAGAAGGUCCAAAAUAGUAGUGAAAUCGAGAGUACUGGUAUAAUGGAAAAUCCUAGUGAUAGUGAGAAGGUCCAAAAUAGUAGUGAAAUCGAGAGUACUGGUAUAAUGGAAAAUCCUAGUGAUAGUGAGAAGGUCCAAAAUAGUAGUGAAAUCGAGAGUACUGGUAUAAUAAGAAAAGAUUUUUCGCAUUUGUGGGUUGCCUGCGACAGUUGUUAUGGAAACAAUUAUAAGAGAUUUUUUAAAUCAAAAAUGAAUAUUUGUGAAUACUGUGGAUGUCAUUUGAAAAUGAGCAGUUCAGAUCGAAUCGAACUUUUGAUUGAUCCAGGUACUUGGAAUCCUAUGGAUGAAGACAUGUUCCCUGUGGAUCCCAUUGAAUUUAAUUCGGAAGACGAACCUUCUGAAAAAGGUUUGGAAGACGAAGACGAACCUUCUGAAAAUAGUUUGGAAGACGAACCUUCUGAAAAUAGUUUGGAAGACGAAGACGAACCUUCUGAAAAUAGUUUGGAAGACGAACCUUCUGAAAAAGGUUUGGAAGACGAAGACGAACCUUCUGAAAAAGGUUUGGAAGACGAAGACGAACCUUCUGAAAAAGGUUUGGAAGACGAAGACGAACCUUCUGAAAAUAGUUUGGAAGACGAAGACGAACCUUCUGAAAAUGAUGAUUAUCAAAAUCGUCUUGAUUCUUAUCAAGACAGAACCGGAUUACUGGAUGCGGUUCAAACAGGCACAGGUCAAGUAAAUGGUAUUCCUGUAGCAAUAGGUAUUAUGGAUUUUGAGUUUAUGGGAGGUAGUAUGGGAUCCGUAGUGGGUGAGAAAAUCACUCGGUUGAUUGAAUAUGCUACCAAUCAACGUUUACCUCUUAUUAUAGUAUGUGCGUCUGGAGGAGCGCGUAUGCAAGAAGGAAGUUUGAGCUUAAUGCAAAUGGCUAAAAUUUCUGCUUCUUUAUAUAAUUAUCAAAUCAAUCAAAAGUUAUUCUAUGUACCGAUACUUACAUCUCCUACUACUGGUGGGGUAACAGCUAGUUUUGGAAUGUUGGGGGAUAUCAUUCUUGCCGAACCCGAUGCUUACAUAGCAUUUGCAGGUAAAAGAGUAAUUGAAGAAACGUUGAAGAUCGAAGUGCCCGAAGGUAUACAAUCGGCUGAAUUUUUAUUCGAAAAGGGUGCAUUUGAUUCACUCGUACCACGUAAUUAUUUAAAAGAGGUUUUAAGUGAGUUAUUGCAUUUCCAUGGUUUCUUUCCUUUGACUCAAACUGAAAACUAA